GGUGUAUCCCGUUUGCACGCAGAUGAUUUUGAACGCGCUAUGAAAAAACACGCCACAGAACUUUUCGAUCAAGCCCCAGAUUUACUGCAUCACAUUACAACUAAUGUAAAUCCGAAUAUUUUACAAGCAGAAGGUGUACCAAUAUAUCGGACUGAUCAACACUGUGGAGAGUUUGUCGUGACAUUUCCGCGCGCUUAUCAUGCUGGAUUCAAUCAAGGCUUCAAUUUUGCUGAGGCUGUUAAUAUAUGUCUACCUGAUUGGCUUCCUAUUGGCCGUGCUUGUAUUGAACAUUAUGCUGAAAUUAAAAGACAUUGUGUAUUUUCAAACGAUGAACUAUUAUGUACAUUGGCUGAAGUAGCUGUGGGCAAUGUUCUUCCAGAAGAAAUACUCACUUUAACAAAUCCUGUUACUAGCUGUACUUCAAAUGGUGAAUGCUCAGACAAUCCUGAACCUCAUAUCAGUGAAAAACUACCUCCUGGUUGUUCAACUUCAGGUCUCGACAUAGGUGCUGUAGCUAUUGUGCAUCAAGAGUUUACUUGUGUACUCAAAGAAGAACGACGGUUACGAGAAUUAAUCAUCCAAAGUGGUGUGUCUAACUCGAGAAAAGUUAGAUUCGACGAAAUGUCAGAUGAUGCACGUGUCUGUGAUUUCUGUUUGACUACUCUUUUUUUAUCUGGAGUUAGUUGUUCAUGUAUUUAUGAAUCGAACACCAGUAUUCAAAGAUUAGAGAACCCAAAUGACCGUUCUUUGGAUGACCUUAGUACAACUGCACGAAAACACAAGAUGUCGGAUGAACCAUAUGGCAUUAUAGAUGAAUCUAAUGAAGGUGUGUUUUUUUUUCGUUUUGACUUCCUAAUUCGUCAUCUUAUUUGUUUCAAAUUAUUUUUUAAGCAUUUUUGUUGAUAAUCAGUAGUUUUAGCUAAGUUAUUACUAAAAAGUUAGUACCAUCCUACUACUUUUAAGUAGUGUGGUUAGUUUUAUGAAUUUUCGUCUUGUCCUAAAGUUAAAUCAGAUAACUUUUGAAAAACAAGAAACUUUUUGCCUACCUUUAGGCUUCCAUAAUGCAACCUGCUAAGUUAGUCAGUCAGUACUUGAAAAAAUCAGCUUCAGUUACCAUUCCACAUCGCAACGAGAUGAAAUUUACAAUACGAAUGGCAUAAGAAUUGAAAUUAUAGUAGUUUCACUAGUAAUGAGAAAUAUGGUUCGGAAAGUGAUGAAUUUUAGUGGUAAUACUGAAGCUCAAAACUUAGGGUAAGAUGUAUUGUGAUUCCAUCCGCACCAAUUGUUAUAACUGUACUGCAGAUUAGGGCGCAGCGUAUUAUCGAUCGGACCAAAGACGCGUAAACACGUAAGAACGGCCUAGAGUUCUGAUUGGUCUCGCUUCCCUGUCUAGCCCAGCCAGUUGAGUCCAGAACGCAAGUCUCAGCCUCUGAGAUAUGAGUCGUUAUAUUUCAAGAAUACUGAGUUUAUAUACCAAACAAACCGACCACAACGUACCAAUAAAAUAUGAAACAACAUUUGUACAAGAAUUAACCAGAUGUGGCUGUGAAUGUGGGAGGUAGCGAUUAACAGACAGGUAGUAAUUCAUGAAUGAUAAAUCGUAUAAUAAUAGUUCAUAGGUCAAAAUCAAGCUCAUAAUAAGAGGGACAUGAAUAUGAACAGUUUAGUUACAUAGAAAUUAUACGAUAAAAAUAUACUCAUAAUAUUGGUCCAUAAAUGGAUCCCGAAAAUUGCCAUUCAUUAUUCUUAUCGGGAUACAACACCAACAUAGUAUCUUCGACGCCUUAUCUGUUGUUACCACAAUUUCAUCUCAUUGUACUAAUGGGGUACGGAAACUUGAACCUAUUUACACACGCACCAUGUUCUACGUUGACGCCACAGUAACCGAUCUUGAGCCAUAUCACUCAGUCUCUUUCACUGAUGAUCUUAUAGACCUCAAUCAAGUAGGGUGGAUCUACCAACACGUUUCAGUGACUUCAUUGACUGAUACUCGAUCUUGGUUUGGCCUCCAUCAGUCUUCAUUUAAACAAUCCCUAAUUCAGUCAAUAUAUUGGGUGUCGAGGUAGUCAACCUUUGGCCAUGGGUUUGGUUACUACAUACCUCAGCUACCUCAUUAAAUGAAGGCUCAGUUUCACCAAUCAAUUCGUCUCUUAAUUGUUGAAGUGUAUAGGUUUUCUAGGAGUUUUAAGCCGUUGAAAACCCUAUCUAUCGCUUCAUAAUUUACCAUUGUUCUUUAACUGUUCAGAUCGUAAUACAACAUACAUUCAGUGUUUGUCAUUAACUUCUUGAAUUAAACAAUCGUUUUACAACUUAUGUCCCACAAUUUCAUUUUUAUCGAGUCAUACUAUCUAAGCCUGACCUCACUAGUAGUACCUGUAUUACGCAGGUAUUCAUCUUGGUAAUUUCUCUUUUGUACUGAUAAGAUGUGGCAACCUGAGGGCAAUGCACCUUUCGUGUCAGGUUCAUGAAUUCCUUAUGGCAGACUGACUUCAAUCCUAGUAUAUCUUUGUGAUACCAUGUUCUUUUAAAUUAAGAAACAAAAUAACCGUUCAUUUCAUUGAAAUUCCUGUUACCUUCGUUUGUUUCCCAAACAUCUCAAACGUAACCAGUCAGUCUGCAGUGGUGCAUCAUUUUAGGAUGUUUUUCACAUAGCUACUAACCAAUACAUAAAUUCCAAACCCCCUAAUUUUCAUCCAAUUCAUAGUUUUUCAUUACAUUUUAUACUCAAAAAUCUAGCUAGUAAACAGUUUAUUUGUAAAAGCAAUCAGCUAUUCAGAAUAUUUCACUAUUUUUCAUUUGUGAAUUAUUGGUGAUAUGGUGUCGUUCAUGAAAAUUAGUUGUAAUACUAUCGCUUAUCUAAUUUCCAAAUGUAGUUUUACUAAAAAAAUACUAUUCAUCCGAAAGUUUGGCUAUUGAAUGAGCAGACGACAAUCAGAUAUGAUGUAAAUCAGGUUAAAUUAUAUUUCUAAUGGAAAUUUGAAUAGGAUUUUUCAAAUGCUUCCAGCGAAUAAUUUAGUGCAGUGUUCAGAAAAGUAUUUCUUUUUUACCCCUUACAGAGGAAAAGCGACCUCCUAGCCAUAUGGUUUGUCUAAAACAUGUGUCCGAAUUGUGCAAGAAAUGUCCACCCUCAGUUUUUGUACUCAACUAUCAUUACUCAAUAGAGGAACUAUGCAGUUUAGAACAAUCUUUGGCUGAUCGCCUAGCCCAUUUUUAUGCAUGGAGAAAUCAGUUAUCUUUUAUAAUUAAACCGAGUGAUUCAAACACUUUCUCAAGUAAUCACUUCAUGAAACAAGAAGCUAAUGAUAAUCAUGUUGUUGUAUCUAACAACUCAACUUCAGGUACUAUGACACUUGAGGAAUUGGAGAUAAAAUUGACCGAAGGCAAGGCUGCUGGCUAUCAUACUGAUGACAUCUACAACGAUGCUAAAGCUAUGUUAGAUCGUGGUAAACAUCUUCAACAAAUAUGUGUCAAAUUAAAACCCUCCAUUAUUGGUUCCGGGAACACUGAUAAGUUCAAAAGCUCAUUAACAAGCAUAUCAUCGACCGUCAACCCUGUAAAAUUUCAAACCCGACGUCCUGCUACUUUUACCGUGGCGACUUCUUCGACUAACGGUUGUGCAACACCACAUAAAAUUAUCAAAUUGCCUUCGAAUAAUGGAUAUGUAGUUCUCAACCAUGAACUUGACGUCAACAAUCCCCGGGAAUACGAUCUUUUACGACUGAUGGAAUCUUGUGAACAACAGCAUCCUCUCAAUCUUUUUGAGGAUCCAUCAGUACAAUUAGUCAAACGGCUGUUAAGUCAGUUAACAACGUGGCACCAAUCAGCCCGUGAUAUUAUUAACCUACUAUGCAAUUUAAUCCUAACAAAUGCCACUCGAAGUAUUUCUACCAGUUUUUCCAUAUCAGAUAGUUUGUCCAAUAUUGGUGUUAGUGCGGAUUGUCUCCCUAAUGAUUUCUACGCUUUCUCAACAGAUGAUCAAGCCUUAAUAAUCCUUGACUAUUUUUUGGAGAAAUUACGAAAUGAAUUCCCAUCGUAUGUGUAUCGUAUAUCGGAAUGGAAUUCUCUUAAUCUCCUACGUCAUGCAUUGAGAUGGCUCUGUAUUUAUGGUCGACAUGAUAACAAUAAAAGUACGUGUUGGUCAUUGCCUCAUCUUCGAAAGUAUUUGGUUUUUGGUGAGGAAAUCAUUUCACAGCUGACAGCAAUUACCUCGAGUCAAAAAUCUCACUCAAAAAUAGUUCAUUCAUCUUCAUCACCUGUUUCAUUAUCUAUCCGAAACAACCAGACAAUUUCUCAGUCUCCAGGAUCUUCGUUUAAUGUUAGCAAUAUCGACACUGCUUUAACUCAGAUCAUGAGGUUUGUACUAGCUCGAAUGCAUACGUCUUUAGGAAAUCUGACCCAGUUGGGUGUACAAGUUGAAACUCUAGUUGGUCUUUUAACUGAAAUUCUCAGCAGUUCAAGGUCAUCAAUCUAUCAAGAAAUUGAGGAUGCAUUGUACCGAAUAAAGAGACUGGGAAUUGAUCACGUUACGGCUGUUAAUGGACAAAUACCACUAACAGAUGAACCUCAACUUAAUGCAGCAUUAGAUGAACGCCAUUUCAAUAGCAUUGUAGAUACUCAGUCAGUUACUACACCUGAAGAUAUCGCUCAAUUAAAAGCACUUUUAAAACAGCAUGUUGAUGACAUGAUAAAUUUGUGUUCCCGGGAUGAGUAUAGUUCAAAAACUCAACCUUAUUUAAAUAAAGCAGAAAUCUUGUGUGAACUCGGUCAUUUGUUCUCACCAACUUCAGAUUCAGAUCGUUUAUUAAGUUUCGUUACAACUAAUCAUAAAAUUAUUGUUAUAUCGGACAAAUUAGAUCGCCAGUUGAAAAAAUUAAAUGAUCAUGUUAACAACACCAAACGUGCUAUAUCGGAUCUGUAUAACAAAUUCCUUCCUCAUCAUGGUUUGCCUGGAUAUAAUAUACAGACAGAUUCAUUAUUAGAGAUUUUGUUGCCUGGGUUUUCAAUGAAACAUCAGAAAUGCUUUGCUUUGCAGUCAUUCAAAGAUGCUUCGUCAUCGAGUUAUGAUCUUUCACUUUCUGUAUAUAAACAACAAAUGAAGGAUCAUUUUGAUUACAUAUCGUCAGCACUUAAAAAUAUGUUCACAAAAGGUACUUCAUGUGAUUUAUGUUCCAAGCGCUUCAAAAUAACAAGAGUCAUUACAGACCAAAUUAUCUCCGAAUGCAGUCCUUGUGAUUUAUGUUCAUUAUGCUCAGAAGAUCUAUCAGUAUAUCCCACAUUUGAUUGGCUUAUGCGUUUUGAACAUCACUGGUCCAGUUCUACCUCAUCUAGUGUGAACAAUGAGGAAAUUGUUGAUCUAACUGAUGAAACGGAUUGUGGAAAUUAUGGCAUCUUGAUUCUUCUGUGUAGCCCUGUUUCCACUGCUCUUCGACUUUGUAUAAAUCAAAUUCAAGAGUAUUUGGCUCAAUUGGAACAAAUUCUUCAAUCACAUGGGAACCGAUUAAAUGAAAUCAUUUCAAGCGUGAAUCAAUCGUUAAUUCAACAACUACCAAGCUGUUUGAUGGAUUUCAUCAAUAAGAUGUGCAGUUCACAAGAUUCAUCAGUUCUUACCAAUCAUUCUGACUUAACCUAUGAACUCUGCAAAAUAUUGUGUGUUUUCCUUACAUUCAAAGUGAAUUUGUUGCCGUGUAUUCAAUUGAUCGAACAUAUUUUAUCAUCACUAUGUGUAUUUAACGAUAUUAACGAGAAUACUCUACAAAAAUUAGGUUCUUAAUGUGUUUUUUUUUCAAGUAACUCUAUUUAAAGCUUGUUUACCAAACAGUCACGUUUAGCUAUUUACAAAUUUUUUGAUCAUUGUUGUUUUUUUAUACAUUAUUUGUCAGCGUUUGUUUUAUUAUAUAAGUUGACGAUUGUUGUUGGUAAAUUUUGAUAUUUCUAUAUCAGUACGUAAGUAAUAAUAGAUCUGGUUAACAUGGUUCUUUGUUUAUUACCUUUUCUUUAGUAUUCAUUAUCUUAACUAUUCAUAGUUUUCCACUUCUGUGUAUAUGCAUCAGCUGUGUUUUUUUUAUAUACCUGAGUAUAUGGGCAGAUGAUGAUAUACAGAUAUCCAAUUGCAUUUGUCUUUACUUUUCACGUUAUUUCAUCUGUUUGGCCACAUAUUUUCAACUUCGUUUGUAUUUUUACUGCUUUUCUUUCUUGUAACUCAUUGUGAAAUUGUCAUCAUUUACAUACUUUUAAUUUAUAUAUAUCUACAAGACUUUUAUUAAUACUGAUCUGAAAAUUAAUAAAUUAUUUUAUUCAGUUGUGCGUAACAUAUUAUCAUCUUUCUUGGUUAGAAAUAAAGUACCU